GAAGACAUGGCGUCACGACUCACAAACAGUUCGAGGUCGAGAUGUGAGGUUUAGUCUGUGUUUUUCUGAAUAACGGGAUGGGUUUAAGGCUGAUAUAGUGUCAGAAUGGAAAUUAUGGCUGUGAACAUGCUGACUGCUUCCCCUCCUACGGCCACGCUGCCCCCAUCACCGUGUUCAGAAGACCCUGUCCUGCCACUAGGGAGUCUGGACAGUGAAGACUAUGUGUUUGUAGAGCCUCGUCAUCCCAACAAGGUGCUGGAGGGACUGAACAGCCUGCGGCUUAAUAACGCCUUCUGUGAUGUUACUCUCUGCUGUGGAGGGCAGGAGUUCCCCUGUCACCGCAUAGUGCUGGCCUCCUUCAGCUCCUACUUUCAGGCAAUGUUCUCCACUGACCUCAUGGAGUCGCGGCAAGAGCGGGUGGCCAUUAAUGGUGUGGAGCCGCAGAUGAUCGGCAUGCUGGUCAGCUAUGCCUACACGGCGGAGGUGGUGAUAUCGAGGGCCAACGUGCAGGCCCUGCUUGCUGCUGCUAACCUUCUGGAUGUGAUGGCUGUGCGAGAGGCCUGCUGCAGGUUCAUGGAGAGGCAGAUGGAUGAGAUUAACUGUGUGGGUAUCCACUGCUUUGCCGAGGCUCACUCGUGUAAGGAACUGGAGCAGCGCAGCAUGGAGUACAUCCAGCAGCACUUCAGCAAUGUCUGCCAGCAGGAGGAGUUUCUUUCUCUGUGUGCUGAUAAACUCACUGAAAUCAUCUCCAGUGAUCACCUCAAUGUGCCAAAGGAGGAGACAGUGUUUGAGGCUGCCAUGCUGUGGUUAGAGAAGAGCGCCUCCCGCAGGCAGAGCUUUGAAAAGGUGCUCGAACACAUCCGGUUGCCCCUGAUCAGCCCCUACUACAUUCACGAUGUGAUUGAGUCUCUGGAUGUGGUGAAAGAAUCUCUGAAGUGCCAGAAACUGAUCUCAGAAGCCAAGGACUACCUCCUGCUCCAGGACCGCAGAGGAGAACUCUACAGUCCCAGAGCCCGACCUCGGAGAGCCACAGGCACAGCUGAGGUAAUAGUGACAGUUGGAGGGGAGGAUGAUAAGGUGGUGCUGCGGAGCGUGGAGAGCUUUGACCCGUUAACCAGUCAGUGGAAAAGCCUGGCUUGCCUUCCCUUUGCUGUCAGCAAGCAUGGCCUAGUGGUGUCAGGUUGUAUGCUGUAUCUGGCUGGUGGUGAAUUCCCAGAUGGCUCAGCCAGCAGAGAAAUGUGGCGUUACGACCCCUGCUUUGACUCCUGGUUAGAGAUGGCACCCAUGAAUGUGGCGAGAUCAGAAUUAGGUCUGGUGAUGCUGGACGGGUAUGUGUUUGCAGUAGGAGGCUGGGAGGGCCGCUCUCGUCUGGACUCGGUAGAGUGCUACAAUCCUCACACUAAUACCUGGCAGUUUGUGGAGUCUGUCAAAAUGGCGGUUACUAGUCCUGCUGUGGUUGCACUGGAUGGACUGCUUUACGUCACUGGAGGCGCUGUUCUGGAAGACGGAGAUGGAACUGACCUAGCGCAGGUAUACAACCCUAAGACUCGUGUUUGGACAGAGGUCGCCCCCAUGCAGAUUGCACGCUCUGGGUCUGCAGCCUGCACCCUGAGGGGCAAGAUCUAUGUGAUAGGUGGUUGGCACGCCUCCACAGAAAAUACUGAUAAAGUGGAAUGCUAUGACCCCAAGAGCAACAAGUGGACCAUGUGUGCUCCAAUGAAGGAACGGCGCUAUCGGCCUGGAGUCGCUGUUGUGGAUGGGAAAAUCUAUGUGUUAGGAGGAGAAGAGGGCUGGGACAGGUACCAUGACACCAUCGAGCGGUACUGUGAAGAUACUGAUAGCUGGGAAAUCGUGGGCGAGAUGCCCACCAGUCGUAGCUGGCUGAGCUGCGUGUCGCUACAGCUGAGGAAAGACACCCACGCCGCCAGCCAUCCCGGUACUGCCUCCGAGACAGAGUUCCCCGUGGACUGAGGCCAUCAGGUGCCUUUGUGCAUUAAAGCCUUGUGCUCCAUGUGCCUACCACACCCAGCAAACACUGCGUCUGAGUGUGCCUGAGAGAAGGCCGGGAGGGCUGCUCUUGAAGUGCUCGCCAGAUGUAGUUUUCAGUUUGCCGCUUGGCUGUGGAAAACGGGACACGCCAACCCACUGACCGGUCUUAAAGAACUAGUUGUGUGGUAAUCUGUCCUCUGGGUCCCUUUUGUGACGGUGGAUGGAUAGAAAUCAGUGGUUUUGUGUAAGGGUGUGUGUGUACCCUCAGUCAUGUACAUCAUCUCCCUGUGAAAAUCUGUGAAAAAAAGCCUCUACAGGGCUUCAUGUGUUAGCGCUGAGCACCUCAUGAUUGUGGAGUAACGAUGUGGUUUUGACCUUAACAGUCGUGAAGUAUUUUUGUAACCCGUUUUGAAUGGUGUUUUUUGUAUUUAUUAGUUUUUUUCAAUGUUAGACAUUGUAUGGAAAUAAGUUAUCUAGAAAGCACUUCCAAUUGAGACUAAUACAUGAUCUAAAUGUAAGAAUUACAUUAUAUCAUUGGUGUCACACAAGAACCAUGGCAACUGUACAGAAGAAGAAAAAAUAACAGUAGAUAUGAAGAUCAAA